AUGUUGUAUCUGCUUUUAGAACGUAAUAUUGGUCUGGAACUUAUUCAUUAUCACAAGGAUGUAAAUCUUGAUGCUUGUAAUGUGGAUGUGCAUUUUGAAGAAAUCUUUGAUAUGCAUGAUCCAGAUGAUUAUGAGGUUGUACCUCAAUCUCAAUUGGAUAUCUCGCGUCAAGCUUUUCGCAAUAAUGCUAGCAAGUAUUUCAUUAACGGACGACAAAGCAAUUACACUGAAGGAGAAAUUGAAUCAAUAUCACAGAUGAAACCCAAAGCACCAAAUAAGCAUGAAGAUGGACCCUUAGAAUUUCUUAAAGACAUUAUCGGAACUUCUAAAUUUAAAAUCCCACUUGAAGAAGCAAAUGAAAGCUUGAAUUAUUGGAUGAAGAACGAUCGUUUGGGUAAACUUGGUGUUGUUAAUGAUAAAUACGAUGUCGCGAUUUCAACCGCCUGUCCUGCAUUGAACGACAUCGUGGUUGAUUCUGUUGAAGUUGGACAAACUUGUGUAGAAUAUCUUAGAAAAAACGAUUUAGGUCGCGUCACAUUCAUUCUUUUGAAUAACCUACCUAUCGUGGAUAUGCGGCCGAUACAAACACCUGAAAAUGUUCCCCGUCUUUUUGAUCUUGUUAAGCCGAAAGAUGACAAGUUUAUCCCAGCAUUUUAUAGUGCGUUACAAAAUACUUUGGUAGCCGAAAAUCUACAACAAGUGACUUUAAAUGGUGAAUUUAUUGACAAAUAUGGCACUAUGAGUGGCGUAAAUGACCAAGUGUUGAAAGCUUUCGACAUAACAUCCGAGACAAUAGCAAAAUUAGAAAGAGAACAUAGUCACUUAGAGUUUAAUGAAAAACUUAGUCUUUUAGAAUCUCAACUUCAAGAGAAAAAGAAUGAACUUCCUAAAUUAGAAGUAUAUUAG